UGUGGCGGCCGCGGACCCAGGCGUCCGGUGCCCCCGCCGCCGCCCUCCGCCCUCCUCGGCCCCGCUGAGGCGGGGUCAUGGCCGCCAACACCCCGCCCCCCCGCCCGCAGGACCCCCGACGCCUCAGGAGGCUGAGGAGACGACCCCCCCAUCUUCAAAAAACUAGGAUCAACUCAAAAGAGAAGACAAAGUCCAUCAAGAGUCGAAGAUGUAAGGAGUCCUUCCUUCUGGUAAAGAAGGAAAAGGUGGCCGUUGGGACUAUGGAUCGAAGUAAGCGGAAUUCGAUUGCAGGAUUUCCCCCUCGUUUGGAGCGCCUGGAAGACUUGGAUGGCGGAGGAGGAGGGGACGGGAACGUGGCCCAGAUGGGAAGGGUCUGGCCGUCUUCCUACCGAGCACUUAUAAGUGCCUUUUCCAGACUCACACGCCUCGACGACUUUACCUGUGAAAAGAUUGGGUCUGGCUUCUUCUCUGAAGUGUUCAAGGUGAGACACCGAGUUUCCGACCAAGUGAUGGCUCUGAAGAUGAACACCCUAAGCAGCAACCGAGCCAACAUGCUGAAGGAGGUCCAGCUCAUGAAUAGACUGUCCCAUCCCAACAUCCUGAGGUUCAUGGGGGUUUGUGUACAUCAAGGACAAUUGCACGCUCUCACAGAGUAUAUCAAUGCUGGCAACCUGGAACAGCUGUUAGACAGCGACGUUCACCUGCCCUGGGCCGUGAGGGUGAAACUGGCAUACGACAUAGCCAUGGGACUCACGUACCUUCACUUCAAAGGCAUCUUCCACCGGGAUCUCACUUCUAAGAACUGCUUAAUAAAAAGCGAAGAUAACAGCUACUCCGUCAUCGUGGGAGACUUUGGCUUGGCAGAGAAGAUCCCCGAUUACAGCGAAGGCAGCGAGAAGCUGUCCGUGGUCGGCUCGCCGUUCUGGAUGGCCCCGGAGGUUCUCCGAGACGAGCCUUACAACGAAAAGGCAGACGUGUUCUCCUACGGCAUCAUCCUCUGUGAGAUAAUCGCCCGGAUCCAAGCCGACCCCGACUACCUCCCGCGCACAGAGAACUUCGGGUUGGACUACGAUGCCUUUCAGCACAUGGUGGGAGACUGUCCCCCCGACUUCCUGCAGCUCACCUUCAACUGUUGCAAUAUGGACCCAAAGCUGCGGCCGUCCUUCGCCGACAUCGUGAAGACCCUGGAGGCGAUUCUGAACCGCCUCCGAGAGGAGGAACUGGCGCAGGACAGAAAGAGCCCCGAGAGAAAGCCCGGCUCCCUGGCUAAAGGGCUGCUGGAGAAAAGUCCGGCGGUGAAGCGGCUGAGCUCGCUGGACGACAAGAUCCCCCCGAAGUCUCCCCGGCCCCGGCGGAACAUCUGGCUGUCCCGCAGCCAGUCGGACAUCUUCUCCCGCAAGCCGCCCCGCAAGAUCAGCGUGCAGGACCCCUACUACACGCCCCAGCGGGGGGCGGGCACCGGCCCCAAGGUGAACCCCUUCAGCGCCCGAGAGGACCUCAAGGGCGGCAAGAUCAAGUUCUUCGACGCGCCCAGCAAAUCGGUCAUCUCCCUGGUGUUCGACCUAGACGCCCCGGGGCUCGGGGCCUGCCUGGGGAGCGGAAGCCGGCUUCAGCUGCGCCCCCCGCCCGACGGGCUGGAGCCCCCGGCCCCGCCGCUCCGCCGCUGGCGCUCCCUGCCCGGCUCGCCCGAGUUCCUCCGCCGGGAGCUUCCGUCCUUCCCGGGCCCGCGGGAGGACUCCCCGCCCGCGGGGGCCGACGGGCGCCUCAGGCUGCUGAGCGGCCUCAAGUACGGAGUGAUGGCCAUCCCGCCUUUCCGGGCCUCGCGCCCUGCCCCUCGCACCCCGCCCAGCCCGCGCCCCGCCUCGCCAGACCAGGAGGCCAUGGAUUGCUCCGCUCCCCUGAGCCCUCAGGAGGAGAACGGCUUCGGGCCCGGCCCCCAGGCUCCCGGGGCCCCGGGCCCGCGGGGAGGCCCGGUCCUCGGGGCCCCGGCGGCCGGCGCCGAGGACAUGGAGGUGGAAGAGGCGAGGCAGAGGGCUCUCGGGCCCGCGGCCCCCGGCCCGCCCCAGCCGCUCAGCCGCGGGGCCGGGCCGGGAGGGGGUCCCGGCCCCCCGACGGGGGACCGGCUAGCCGGCCUAGGUCUGCGUCUGCAGAUCCCCUCUUCUUCCCUCUCCCCGACGGGGUCGUGGGCGCCGACGGGCACCCCGCCGCCUGCCCCCUCCUCUGCCACCGGGACGGGGCCCAGCCCUCAUUCUUUCUUCGGCCUCACAACCAGCAGCCCGGACCGGGUUCCCGGCAGGCUCGGGGAGGGCGGGGGGGCCGCUCCCCUUCGGCGCGGAGGCCGGCGGGACCGUGGGCUCCCCCUCCCCGUCUGGGCCGGUCGCCCGGUGGAGCGGACCACGGAGAGCCAGCCCCCUCCCCGCCCGAGGACCCGCUCUUACCUGGUCCCCGAGUCCACCCGGGGGGGACCCCCCCGCCCCGGCUGUUGGGGUACGAAGGUGGACGCCUCGUCCAUUGGAACCGCAAUAAGAAAUAACCAAAGACGAAGCCGGUUCGAUAUUUUCAAAGGGUGCUCUGACCCUCGCCCCGAUCGUCGGCCGCCACGACGGGGAGCGGAGGCCGGGCCCGGCCGAAGGAUGGGCUCCGAGGAACGGGAGCCGCCCGGCCCCCGGCCGCGGGGCGGCUGA